AUGCGCAAACUUGAGCGGUUUUUCGACGAAUAUGGCAAAUUUGUGGCGAGACAUCCGUUAUAUUUCAUACUAAUCCCUUCGCUGCUCACAAUAGCCUCGACUUAUGGGUUUUUGAAUUUUCAUAGUCAAGAUGAUAUUUGGGACAUUUACGCACCGACAAACGGAUUAUCGCGCGUCGAAGAGUCAGAAUUGAAACGCUUCGAAUACGCGUCCGGAUCGCAUCAUCAUCGAAUGCAAGUUCUGGUUUCACGAAAAGAUGGUCAAAAUGUUCUUACAGAAGAAGUUCUUAAUGAAGUUUCCAGAUCACACAAAUUUGUCGCGGACAAUAUCACCGCAUUCGAUGGAUCUCACCACGUUCAUUAUAAGAAUCUUUGUGGAGUGUACUGUAAUGACAGUAAUGCGGCAAUCAUUGCGUUUCUUCAGGCCGCUAUCAAUGAUUCAAGUCAUUCGUCAUUCAAACUCACAUUUCCAAAUGCAGAAGCUCUGCAGAACAAAAUUUUUAUCGGAUAUUCUUUGGGAAACUUGAAAUUCGAUGGUCAAAUAGUUGUCGAAGCGAAAAUGAUGCUUUUGCAUUAUAUGGUUGACACUUCAAUGAAAAAUGGGAAAAUGUUGGCGGAUGAUUUUGAGACGAAUUUGCGACUUUUCUUUAAUUCGAUUAGCGAUAUCUCAUCAAAUAUAAAAUAUUCGUUUUUGUCGCGAACCAGGGAACUGGAAGAGCAGAGGGCCAUUACAAUAACCUCACUUCCUUUCUUGGGAUUAACCGUCAUUGUUCUCACUGCAUUUAUGAUUGUAACACUCGUUCGACUACCGUGGUACACAAGUCAACAUUGCGAGUCAAUUGUUGGUGUUCUCUCACCCGGUAUGGCGUUAUGGACAACAACUGGUGUCUUGUGGGGCCUUGGUUAUCCAUUCAGCAACAUUCUAACAGUCGUCCCAUUCUUGGUAGUAACCAUUGGAAUUGAUGACGCAUUCUUGGUCUUGGCAGGUUGGAGAGAUUCUACAAAAGGUGAAAGUUUGGAAGUCAGACUAGGACAGUCAGUAGCAAUUUCUGGAGCUUCCGUUACCGUAACUUCGGUCACAGAUGUUGCUUGUUUUGCUACUGGUCUCUUCUCAAAUAUGCCCGUUGUUCAGCUCUUCUGUCUUUACACUACAGUUGCUUUGGCGAUCGACUAUUUCUAUCAGAUGACAUUUUUUACCGCUUUCGUUGGAAUUUUCUGCAAAAAACAAGUUGAAAUUGAACGUGAAAAAUAUGGAAGCAUGGAUCGAUCGGAUAAAUGUCUUAAUGUGGCUGAUAAUGCGAAGAAAGCGACGAAUUUGUCGUCUUCGAAAAUCUCUGGGAUUUUUUCGUUUGUGCCAGCAAUAACACAGGCGAAGCAUCAACGAAAUACUUUAGAGAUUUUCAUCGAUUUUCUGCAUUCGUGGUACGCAAAAGUGUUUGUUGUUCUCGUAUUCUGUUUCCAUAUCAUUAUAUGCACAAAACAUGUAUUCCACGUCAACACUGAUUUCGAUAUGGAGAAUUUAUAUUUGGAAGAUUCGCCGCUUACUGAUGUCUCGCGGCGGAUGCAGAAUUUUGUGUUGGGUGAAGCGUUUGUGGUGAACUUCGGUGUCUAUCCAAUGCCUGAUUUCGACAAUUCGACAAUUCGAGACAAAUUCGAAGAACUUGUAAAGAAGUUGGAAUCUAUGCCCAUAUAUGGAAAGGGACCAUCACAUACCAACUUGUGGACCAGAGAAUAUAAUAAUGCUGUGGCAUUUUGGGGUGAACCAGAGGAUUUCUGGCAUAAAGAAGAUAUGGUUGCGAAUUAUAGAGAAUAUGGAAUGGAUGAGAAAUAUAUAAAUAUUAGAAAUGACACAAAUGGCGAUGAGAUUCUUGAUGGUUUCUUCUUCACUAUAACUUACGCGAGUUUUGACAAUUUCUUGCAAGUCGAAGAAUUUUUGGAUGACAGACGGAAAAUUCUUUCGGAAUACUCGGAAUGGUUCACCAUUCAUUCGCAUCAUCCAUUUGAGAAGGUCCCAACCGAAAGCGCCGCAUCAGCGCCUUCAAAUUUCAUUUCAACAUCUGUUUCUGCCGUCGUCCUCAUGUCUCUUCUUGUACUCGUGUUCGUCAUGAAUUUUGAAGCAAUCAUUUCAGUCGUCGUCUCAAUUGUUUCCAUAUGUCUUGGAAUCGUUGUAUACUUGCACUUGUGGAAUGUGAACCUCGACGCCGUCUCAUUGAUUUCAAUGCUUAUGUCCAUCGGAUUCUCAGUCGAUUAUUCAGCUCACGUCUGCUAUCAUUAUUUCGCCCAUGUUCACAAAGAUGAGCAAUUAUGGCAAUCUCACGACUACGCUGAAACACGAGAUCGGCUCUUGAGCACAUUCCGAGGCGUCGCAUGGCCGGUCAUGCAGAGUGGCAUCAGCACAAUCCUUGGAAUGUUCCCACUCAUGUUCGUCCGAGCUUACGUGGUGGCGGUAUUCUGGAAGACAGUUAUUCUUGUCGGCAUUCUCGGAAUGCUUCACGCCCUCGUUCUUCUGCCUGUAAUUUUCAUUUUGACACACGACAUCAAAAUAUUCUACAGAAGGCGUCGCAAGAUCCAAAACGUUUCAGACAUUGAGCUAUCAAGCUAA